AUGAAGAAUAAAUUAAGAGGAUACAAUAAUCAAGAAAAAUUAAAAAAAACUAAAACAAAAAAGGUGUUAGAAAAAUCUAAAAAAAAAAAUGUUAGUAAAAGAUUAGAAGUAGCAUUUUUCGGUCAUAGAAAUAUAUAUUUAAAAGAUAUACAUAACUUUAUAGUUAAUUUAAGAAUUGGGAAAUACAUUUUUAAAAAUGAAAUAUUUGAAAUAAAAAAUAGCGAAUGCUUAAAUAAUUUAAUUAUUGUUAUAAUUCCUAAUUUAUCUAAUUUUUACAUUAAAGACAUAUCAACAGAUAAUGUAUUUAAUAAAUUACAAAAAAAUAAUAAUUUUAGAAGAAUUCAUACAGAGAAUUGUGUAAGAAAUAAUUAUAGUAAUAUAAUUUUUAAAUCUUUAGGUGUAUCUGUUUUAAAAAACAAAAAAAAAUUAAAUUUCCAUGACAAUUUUAGCAUUGAUAAAUAUUUAUUAACAAAAGAACAAAUGAUAAUAAAUAAGUAUCCCACUGAAUCAGAUAAUUAUAUAAAUUUUGAUGAUAUAGAAUAUAAUAAAUGGGAGAAAAAAAUUUACGAUAUGCAAAAAUAUUUAUCAAAAACAAUGAAUUCAACAAAUAUUGUUUCUUUGAAUGAUUUCACUAUUCAAAAAGAUGAAGACAAAUGUAACGAAAAUAUGGAGGAUAAUGAAAAAAAAGACUUAAAUGAUAGUAGUAUAAAAGAAAAUGAUACAUCACAAAAAAAUAUAUUUACUGAUGAACAUAUACAGUUAUAUACUGAAGUACUAGAAAAACUUUUAAAAGCAUCAAAAAGAAAUAAAAAUUAUCUGAAAGAAAAUAAUGAUAUAUCAAGUCAAAAUAAUGACUAUUCAAAUUCAUUAGAUAAGAAAGAUGAUGAAAUUGUAACAAAGGAAAAUAAUCAAAUAAAUGAAAAUUCAAAUAUGUUGAAUUUGGGAUCGAUGAUAAGCUAUAAGCUGAAUGAGAUAGAGAAGUUAAAAAAUAAAGAUAUAAAUGAUAUUAAAAUAAAAGAAACGAAUAACAUAUGCUUAAAUGGAGGUGAUGAAAUACAAAAAGAAAAUAAAGACAAAAAUAAAAAUGAAAAUAAAAAUAAAAAUUAUAUUGGAGAAUUUGAUUUAGAUAAUAUUUUUAGUAUAGAUUGUGAAAUGUGUGAAACAAUCAAUAACCAAAGAGAAUUAACAAAAAUAACUGUAGUUGACGCUUAUAUGAAUAUUAUAUAUGAUUCAUAUGUUAUUCCUGACAAUAAAAUUACAAAUUAUUUAACAUUAUAUUCUGGAAUAAAUGAAAGCACAUUGGAGAAUGUGAAAACAAAAUUAAAGGAUGUACAAGAACAUUUAAAAAAGUUUUUAAAUAAUAAAUCUAUUCUAAUUGGCCAUUCACUUGAAAACGAUUUACAUGCCCUAAAAAUUAAUCAUCCUUAUGUUAUUGAUACAUCUAUUAUUUACUCUAAUUCUAAUUACUUUUCAAAACCAUCUUUAUUUCAACUUUCAAAAAAGUAUUUAAACAUUAUUAUGAAAAGAGAAAAUGGUCAUAAUUCUAUUGAUGAUGCGAAAAUUAGCAUGUUUUUAGCAUUAAAAAAGAUAAGUGAAUUAGAUGCAAACGACUUCUAUUGUUUUUUUCAUCCACUAUCUUUUUUUAUGAAUAAAACCAAUUUUGAAGAAAUAAAAAAUAAUAUAAUUUAUGAUGAAGACAUAACAUAUAAAUUUGAAAAAAAUAUGUGCAUAUUUGAUUCAAAAAAUAAAUUUAUUGAAGAAAGAAUUCCAAAGAAUUUUCUUCGAAAUUGUUUUCAUUGUAUUUGCGAAAGUGAUGAUGAAUGCGUAGAAAAUUUAAUUUUAAAUAUAAAAAAUGAAAAUAAAAUAAAAAAUUAUUUAUUAGUGUUAAGAGAUUAUGAAAAUUUAUGUAAUGAAAAAAUAUACAAGUGCAUUAGAAAUGUCAAUAAUAAGGAUUUUAAGGUAGAAGAUAAUGAGAAAAUAUAUGAAAUACCAACGAGAGUUGAAGCAAAUGAAAUUUUAAAUAAAUUAAGCACAAAUAUUGAAAAAAUUUAUAAUAAUAUGGGUAAAAAUGAUGCUCUGAUACUUCUAUCUUUUAACAACAAUUAUUUAGCUGAAGAAAAAGUUAAAGAAACAUUUUUCUUAGCAAAAGAUAUUUUUUAUUCUAAUGUAGAUAUAAAUGAUAAGUUAAAUAAUAUUACUGAAAAAAUUAGUUCAUUAGAAAAAAUUAUGAAUAAAAAAAAAAAAAACAAUGAAUGUACAAACAAUCAUUUUUAUGAAUUUCUCCGUUUGUUAUAUACUUAUGAUAAAUGUGUUAUUAAUUAUUUAAAUGAAAAUAAAACAAAUGAUAAAAAUAUUUAUAUCAUGAAUUCUUUAACAAAUUUAAAAAAUAAUUUAAUUAUAAACAACAAAAAAAGAGAAUUUAAUGGAUGGUUCUCCAUAUUACUAAAAAAUUAG